UUUGUCCAGCGGCGGCUGUCUGUCACGUCUCUCUCUUUUCCUCCCUCCUCCCCUAAAGCUGCUUUUCCUGGCCCAGCAGUGCUCAAAUUUCUGAGCUUCUGUUGUCUGCACUUCCCAAGGAAGAAGUUCUAUGGAUAAAUGAUACCCUGUGAUGUAAAAACAGACUAUUAAUUUAUAUCAGUAACUAAGUGCAAUAUAAUCUGUCUAAUCUGCAUAUCAUCAGUCUCACUCAUAAAACUUAAUAGCUGAUGCUGUAGUGACCUCUUGCAACAAACUUUUACAUUAUGAAGUAUAUUAUCUCACCUGACCAACAGCCCUUGACAUAUGAUCCAGGAGGAAGCCCAGUCCCUGGAAUAGCAGAAGGGCUCCCGGGACAGGUGAAAGUGGUUAUGCCAGUCUUUCUUUGACAGUCCCAAGAAUUGGUGACAGCAGCAACAACUUCACAGACCCAGCUGCCUUGUGACUUUUGGGCCAGCCACUUAAUGAAAACCACAAACACAGCUCAGACUUCCUCUGAGUGGGCGACUUUGACAAGAUCUGGCGUGAACACUGUGAGGAUGAGGAAACUCUUUGUGAAUAUGCUGUGGCAAUGAAAAACCUUGCAGAUAAUCACUGGACAAAAUCUUGUGAAGGGGAAGGUCGAAUUGAAUGGUGUAGCAGUGUGUGCCGAGAAUAUUUUCAAAAUGGCGGAAAGAGAAAAGCACUUGAAAAAGAUGAGAAAAGAGCAGUUGUUGCAUCUAAGACCACUUCAGCCUUAAAUGUUCUCCAGACUCCUAAAAUUGAAGAGCCCUUACCCAACUUCAGCUUUACAAAUCAUGAAACUAUAUCAGAGGAGUUGCUUCCCCCCUCAGGAAAAAUUAGAUUACUUGAUGUUGGCAGCUGCUUUAAUCCAUUUCUGAAGUUUGAAGAAUUCUUGACUGUCGGCAUAGACAUUGUCCCAGCUGUUGAGAGUGUAUACAAAUGUGACUUUUUAAACCUUCAAAUUCAGCAACCUCUCCAGCUUGCGCAAGAUGCUAUAGAUGCCUUUCUUAAACAGCUGAAAAAUCCCAUUGAUUCUCUACCUGGAGAACUCUUCCAUGUCGUGGUUUUCUCACUUCUCCUUUCUUACUUUCCAUCACCUUAUCAACGGUGGAUAUGCUGCAAGAAGGCCCAUGAACUUCUGGUGCUGAAUGGCUUGUUGCUUAUAAUCACUCCUGACUCUUCCCACCAGAAUCGCCAUGCUAUGAUGAUGAAAAGCUGGAAAAUUGCCAUAGAAUCCCUGGGCUUUAAGCGUUUCAAGUAUUCAAAGUUUUCUCACAUGCACCUGAUGGCAUUUAGGAAAAUUUCCCUGAAAACUAAAAGUGACUUAGUUAGCAGGAACUACCCAGGGAUGCUGUAUAUUCCACAGGAUUUCAACAGUGUAGAAGAUGAGGAAUAUUCUAACACUUCCUGCUACGUCCGAUCAGAUAUUGAAGACGAACAGCUAGCUUACAGCUUCAUGGAGCUUCCUGAUGCCCCUUACGAUUCAGACUCUGGAGAAAGCCAGGCUAGCUCAGUCCCUUUCUAUGAGCUAGAAGAUCCUAUAUUACUUUCAAGUUAAUAUAAUAGUUAAAAUGCCCUUUAAGUCCAAACUUCUUUAUUGCUUAACAAAUUUUGCUAUACUAACAUGGGCUUGUUACAUAAAAAUGGUUUGCAUAGAGAAAAUGCAAAGGUUUACAGAGUUUGCUAUUUUUUUCUACUUCUGAAUUUUAAAAUUUAUUCUUGUACAAAAAGUGAAGAAUACACAUUUUAUGCAAAAUGACUCGUGUCAUAGCAUAAAUUGCUGUUACUUUCUUUAGGACUUUUCAGAAAGGUACCAUUCUUUUCUUCAGUGCUGUGAAGUGAGAAUUCUACUUAAUUUUGCUAAAUGUCGUUUCAAUAUUUUUAAUUCUUAAUAUAGUUGAGCUUCUGACACUGGAGUUGGUGGAUUUCUGAGAAGUAAUUUGCACUUUGAUAGUAAAUGUGCAAAUAAGUUUGGGGUAAGUUGAUUGGUGGUUAAACUUGUCCAUUUCUUUUAUUGAACAAAGCUUGUACUGUGCCACAGAAAGCAGUUUCAUUCUGGAUAAGCUUGGGCUGAAGAAACUUAAAGAUCUUGUUGAUCUUUCUAUUUCAGUUAAUUGAGGUAAUGCCAAAAUACUGUAUUGGGGCAUACUCUCCCAUCUGUAUACACAUGUAAAACCUCACUGGCAUAACAGAAGUUAGAUGUGUGGUGAUGAGAGACUAGCCCUGACAAAUGAUAUAGUUUGAUAGGUUUAGAUACCUUUUUUUACUUCAAAGCUGGAAAGUGUUUGGAAUUUUAUGAUUAUAGUAGCACUAACAUAUCAGUAUUGCCCACAUUGGAUAGUUCUCUGAAUUCUCCUGAAAUCCUAUUUUGCAUACAGUUUUAGAGCAAAAUACUUAUAGGUGGGAAAAAAUACUAAGAUUAAGUAUUCUUUUAUAACUGUAGAUCUUAAUUUCAGAAUUUCCACACGGUAACUCUAGUAGGCCAAUUUUGCAAGUACUACGACCCAAUUCUACACAUUUAAGGAUGUAUAUACAUGUAAGUGAGUAACCUCACUGACCACUCUCAUAAUUGAGGUUAAGGGCACCCUUAAGUGUUUGCAAGAUUUGGGCCCCAUUCUAGAUAAGGCAUUUGGCUGGACACUCUUCCUGUGACUUUCUAAGAAUUGCUCUGCAGUUUGAUACAGACAAUCUGAUCUGUACACAUUCUGAAAUAUUUUGUUUAAAUGUGUAUAGUAAACCUAUAUCCUUCUGCAGACAAAUUGCUGUACUUAUGUAGAAACAGUGGUGGUUAUUUUUUGUGGCCUUUUUUAAAUACUUUUGCUCUCCAUUUAAAAAGAAUUGCCAAAAAUGUCAAACCUUGGGUACCUGAAGUUAGUCUUAAAUUCUUCUACCUAACUAGAAGUAGCUUGAAUUAGGUUACUAAGUGUGGGUUUUAAGACCCUAACUUUAGAGUAGGCUUAAAAAUUUUUAUCCAGUGUUAUCAAUGUAGUUUCACAAAUGUUAAAAAAAUAUCUUUAGGCAAUAUAAAAUUAAUCUUGUAUUCAUCAGUCAGAAAUUACUAAUUGCCAUUUCUUGUGUGAAUUUUUAGGUGGUGGCUUUUGUUUUUUUGUUUUUUUUUUUUUAAAACACUUCCAUGGAAGUUUUGCACUGAAGUUUCACAAUUUCCAACUUCUUGAUUGCUUUUUCUUUGUAUGCUGUAUUUUCUUGGCAAUUGGUCCUACUUUAUACUAAAAAUUUCACAAACUGUAUUAAGUUGCUUUAUUCUUCAACAUAAGCUUUUUGUACAUCUUGUACAUCACAGAUUAAAAGAAUUCCCUAUCAUCCAAACUUGAUUGCUCUAGUUAACGAUGAAUGGCACAGUUUAUUUAUAAACAAAACAAGAAUUAUAUUUAAAAAUGUAAACAUUUUAAAACUAGAUGGAAAUGUUAAAUUAGAACUCAUGCAAAAUUAAGAGACUAUUAAAAAUUUAACAGAAAGCCACGGAUCUAAAUGAAAUCCAUCAUGUAUUUUGAAUUAAGUUAAAUACAGCUUGAUGUUCACAUGUAAUGCUUAAAAUUUCACUUUUUUGCUAAACUAAGAUGCUUGGAAUCAAGACUGCAUUCUUCUCAGUUGAGCACUGCUGGAGUCAGUGGUUAUGUUAAAGCUAAAUGUUGGUGCUAUAAAUUCUCAGUUGUUUACAGAAA